UGGCUGUCCGCCGACUCCGCCCCCUUCAGUAUUCCUAUUCCAUUCUUUUUUCUUGGUUUCAAAACUAGUAACACUUUCUUCAAACAUCGUCCUUCUCUUGAUGAUGCUACUGUCUUCUUUCCCCAGGGCGCGGGCCGCUCUUUUGGCAUUUGCAAUGCUGACAUCCAUUUUUGACUUCGUUUAUGCUUCACCCACCGAAUCGGCGCGAAUUCGCCGUGCCACCACUUGCAAUGGGAGCCCUGAUCUGUGCACCCGUAGUUUCGGGAAUGUUACCUUCGUCGGUGCCCAUGAUUCUUAUGCGGUCGGAACCAACAAUCUGUUCGCGGACCAGGACUACAACGUUACGCAACAGCUAAACGAUGGGAUUCGAAUGCUACAAAUGCAGGCCCAUAACUCGAGCGGAGUCAUUCACCUUUGCCACACGAGCUGUUCACUCUAUGAUGGCGGAACUCUUCAGGCUUACCUUACAACUGUCCAAACCUGGCUAGACGCAAAUCCGAAUGAAGUACUCUCAUUACUCAUCGUCAACUCCGACGAUCUUCCGCCAACUGACUAUGACACUGUCUUUAAAUCGGUCGGGCUUGACACGGUAUCUUAUUCGCCACCCUCCUCGUCGCUACCUGAAAGCGGCUGGCCGACCCUUGGCAGCCUCAUCGAUUCGGGAAAGCGAUUGAUAACAUUCAUGGACUACAAUGCUGACUUCACCUCCGUUCCUUACAUCAUUGAUGAAUUCACUAACAUCUGGGAAACCGCAUAUGACGUUACCACAUCAUUUGAUUGCAAUGUGAACCGCUCUAACAGCAACACCGCCACAUCUAUGUACCUCAUUAACCACUUUUUGGAUACUUUGGUCCUUGGCCAACCGGCUCCGGACCCAAGCCAAGCUAAUCAGACUAAUGCUGUAUCCGGUACAAAUUCUCUCGGCGAGCAGUUCAGUCUCUGUGUUAGCCAACAGGGCAGAAACCCGAACUUCAUGCUCGUUGACUUCUACGAGUACGGCGGUGGAUCUGUCUUCCAAGUCGCUGCCACCGCUAACGGUGUCACCUAUUCCCCUGCCACGCCCAUUGCCACGCCACUUCCGCAAGGAACAAGUUCAGGCACCUCGCCGACUGUAAGCUCAUUAAGUUCCAGCCGGUCGAACUUCAGUCAGUGGAGCUCUCUUUGGGUAGUUAUUGCCAGCGCAGCGCUUGGCGCCUCCUGCAUUUUCUAAUCUGUCACCUGAUGUUGGUCAUGCGUAUCCACUAUUCAGAUGGUAUACCAAAUAGUUACCUGGAUCUUGGACUGAAC